AAACCAGUUUUUCAAUUAAUUUUUCUGCUCAAUUUCAUUUGGGUUUAUCUAUCAAUUGUGUCCCAUAUUUCAAAGUUACCAUCUUUAUGAUUCUGUACUUUCAUACUGGUUUGCUCUGUGUUGAAUUUCAAGCUUUAGUUUAUGAGUAUUGGGUUGCUCAAGUGUUACCAUUUUUUGUUUAUAGCUUCAAUUAUAUACCUUUAUGUUUCAGAUGGUAUCAAGGUAGAACCUUUAUGAGUUUGGUUUUCCAUUUUGACAUUUCUAGUUCUGGUUUCUGGGUUAAGGGGGUGAUGUGAACAAUGUUAAACACUUUAAUCACACCUGGGAUCUCCAAUUGGCAUUUCUAUGUAAGACAUGGACCUCAUCUUAGGUGAUCAGAUGAUUCACAGGGGUCAUUGAAGCACCAUUUGGCUCAUUAAAUUCCCAAACUUUUAGAACACUUUCUUGAUAUUGUUUGUAUCAGCACUUUGUUAUGAGCUUAUGGUUAUUUCAGUUCAAUAAGAGAGGAAGAUGCCAAAGUUUAGGUGUAAACUCUUUAACGUGUUCUAAGAGUAGCCUCACUGUUUUUCCAAAUCCUUGUGAUAUAAGGUUAGCAUCUGAAAAGUAAUUUUUUUCCUCCGCCCUUUUUGUUUGAGCUGUCGACAAGUUAAGUUAUUUUCGUCCUUUUGGUGUCAGAAUCAAGUUCUUUUCUAAGCUGUAGGUUUUGUUCCGACAUGUUAAGUGUAAUUUAUAUGUUUGAACAUUAUGGUUUUGAAGUUGAAAUGCUAAAGCAAUUCAAAAUCAAGUUCUUUUCUAAGCUGUAGGUUUUGUUCUGACAUGUUUAAGUGAUUUAUAUAUUUGAACAUUAUGGUUUUGAAGUUGAAAUGCUAAAGCAAUUGUAGGUGCCAUGCAAUUGUAGUUGUCAUUGGUUUUUCAAUGACAAACAAAACAUUGAAUUUUUACUAGUGUGGUUGUUAUUCUGCAUAAAUCCUAAUUAUGAAUAAAGAUAUAUCAUAAAAACUAGAAGUUUUAACAUGGGGUAAUCUUGACAAUUGGCCAUCUACAUAGCCUUGCUGUGGUUCUUGGAUCACCUAGGCCUAUAGGUUCUGUGCUCUUUUGUCUUUACAGUUUCUGUAGUAGGAGUGUGGUUGGUGCUAUUUUCCUUGAGGGUGCCUAAUAUGAGCUUCACGUCUCCAUCUGUGGGUUCUGGUGGUAGAACUGUUAGAAGGGCAUUUGAGUUUGGAAGAACCUAUGUAGUCCGACCUAAAGGCAAACACCAGGCCACCGUAGUUUGGCUACAUGGCCUUGGUGAUAAUGGCUCUAGCUGGUCCCAGCUCUUGGAAACCCUCCCUCUUCCAAAUAUUAAAUGGAUAUGUCCAACUGCUCCUACUCAACCAAUUUCAGUUUUUGGUGGUUUUCCUUCCACUGCUUGGUUUGAUGUUGGAGAACUCUCAGAAGAUGCUCCAGAUGAUAUGGAGGGCUUGGAUGCUUCAGCAGCACAUGUAGCUAAUUUGCUGUCAACGGAGCCCGAUGACAUUAAACUUGGAGUUGGAGGUUUUAGUAUGGGUGCAGCUACAGCUCUGUACUCAGCCACCUGCUUUGCUAUACAGAAAUAUGGGAAUGGUACUCCAUAUCCAUCCAAUCUGAGUGCAGUUGUUGGACUCAGUGGAUGGCUUCCAUGUUCCAAGACCUUGAGUAAGAAGUUUGAAGAAGCAAGUGAAGCUGCAAGACGUGCUGCCUCCUUUCCACUUUUGUUAUGUCAUGGAAAAGGUGAUGAUGUGGUUCCUUAUAAGUUCGGUGAGAAAUCUUCACGAGCUCUGAGUGCAACUGGCUUUCAGGACAUGACGUUCAAAUCCUAUAAUGGGCUUGGUCAUUACACAAUUCCUGAAGAGAUGGAUGAGGUUUGUGCUUGGCUAAAUUCAAAGUUGGGGCUGGACGGAACUCCUUCAUAGUUUGCUUCCAUGAGAAAUCUCAAGCAACAUCAAGAGGCAGAAAAUGAAGGGAAGAUGUUAGAAACAUGAAAUUUUUAGUGGUUUGCUAGCGAGUUAUGACCUAUAUGUCCUUUGAUCCUCUUUUUUAAAAAGAGAAGAGAAAAAAAAAAGACCUAUAUGUCCUUUAAGGCUUGUUAUUGUUUGGCUGGUUGGAUAAAAUCUAUAUUCGUAUGUAAUAGGAUAUUCAUUAUUUGGAUCAUGAAACAUGCCAUUUGAACGUA